ACGAAUAAAAAAGACCAGACGACGAGACUUGUGACGCAGAUCUGGUGAAGCCGGGAAGGCGGGAACUAUGGACGUGACGGCAUCGACGAGCAGGAAACGCCACCGCGAGCCGGAAUCAGGAGUCUCCGAUCAAUCUCUUCCAGCCGAGGAUAAUUUGGAAUUUACCGAUACUUUUGUGGCUAUUCGUAUGAUGUGUGCUCAGUUCCCGCACAUUGAGAAGGUUUCUAUUCGGCCUUUUGUAUUGCAAUCACAGUUGUAUAGCAGUGUAAAAGACAGGACACAAGUAGAUAGGGAACUGGAGGUACGGUAUCUACUGCCCUCUUGGCUGUUGAAAUGCAUCAGAGAAGUUAUGCAGGCACCAAGUUUCGCAUGUCUGGCCAAACAUGCUCUAUAUCCAAGUUAUUCUAUUUAUUGAUUUGUGAUAGCUUAGUAGCUUUGUAAACUUGUAAUCUUAAACAAGCUUGAGCUAGACUAGUAGAACAGGCUUCACCUUAGGUCAUAUGA